CAUCAAACUAUAGAGCGUGCAUGGUUGCUCCACAAAAGGCAUUUACGGAAGAAACGGGACGCUGAGGUAGCGAGAAAAUUCAAAUGCAUGAAGGAGGCCAUGGACGAGCUGUAUAAGCUGGACCCUAAAUUGUAUUUGGAGGCCAAUAGGUCGGAG